AUGGAUCAUCUCAGUCCCGAGAUAACAGCUCUCAUUGCCACACACCUCUGUACAGUACCACGGACUCCGUUUCCCGUACUGGGUGCGCCACGCAUCUCUCGCGCUCCCUACGCCGUUCUUUCGCGCAGAUGGCAGAGUGUCGUUGAGCCAUGGACGCUUUCAUCGAUCAAGCUAAAAGACACCGAGCUUGAUACAUUCGCCGCAAUCUUCGCCGCAACACGCCGGCGUGCUUUAUUGCGUCACCUCAAUUAUAACGUCUCACUCCCGACGUACGGGGAUUCUCGUUAUGGCUUUGCUCAGAACCAGGCCGCCUUGGAAAACAGCAUCCUCAAGCUCCUUGAUAUCUUGAAAGACUGGGACAACGUCAGUGCAAGACUCGAACUGCAGAUCGUCGUAGAAUGGGACAUCGACACGUCUCAAGGGCCUAUAGAUUUCGGCUUUAAUGUCUUGAAUUCAAGCUCUUCUCGGCGGUAUCUGAUGCUCGAUGCCGUGGAGCUACCUACCGUACAGUGCGUCGCGUCUCUUCAUAUCUUGGCAAGUCCCGGUCGUGCGCUACAUCCAACAACUAUGUGCCAGCUUGCAGGCACGUUGCCGCAACUGGGAAAGUUGGAAUUGGAAGUUCUCGACCCUGCAAACAAACGGAGGCAGAUGCGUAAGGAACAUCGCCUUGCACUGGCCGCUGGCCUCACGACGCUCAAACUCCCAAAACUGACACACCUUUCCAUACAUCGUAAAACUACCAUAGACGUCUACAAUCACAGUUUUGAGUGUAGUGAUCUUGAGGAAGAUGGCUUUGACGCUCUAAAUGAUGCUCUGAGAAAGCUAUCGCAAACUGCUCCGCUGACUGACCUAGUCCUCACCGGUGCUCUCGUCUCACCGGACCUCUUUCGGAGUCGCUGCACGACUGAUCUUGACUCAUCGAUAUGGCCUACAUUACGGAAUUUCAGUGUCAAGGCAGAUAUUAUUGCGCCGAGUGGCCUGUGGUAUUACACGGGAGUUCCGGACGCGAUGGAACUAGCCACGGGGUCCGACUAUGGAGAUGAAGACGAAGACGAAGAUGAAGAUAGCGAAUCAUCCGACUCAGACGACAAUGUAGACCGGGACGCGGUUGCCAAUGGGGUCCGGCCUUCUCAUGUCUGGCGCACUCGGCCGGAUCCGGAUCUCUUCAACACGCUGGUGCAGGACAUGGCGGGUGCCGUACUCAGGAUGCCGCAGCUUCGGACGGGCACUCUGGAUAUCGGCCCUAGGUAUGGCGAAUUAGUCGAUAUCAUCCUUAAGUGUGCCGAAGCUACUUGCGCUUUCGAUGAUAGGCCCGAUGGGCGAUGGGACGAGGAUGAGGAGAAAUCUACCCGGAGAUGGCAUACUUGGGUUGGGAGUGCGACGGAGUGGGAGAUGCCUGAGGACGUGAGGGCGCUGUGGGCGAGAUGGCUAGGUGAUAGUGGGAGAUAUGCUGUUGGUCGCUGGCCCCCUGCUGGUCCUGGGGUAUGAGAGAA